GUCUACGUUCCAAUAGAACACUAGAAAACUUAAGCUGCUCAUUUGCAUAGCUAACCUAUAAAUAGAGGGAGGAACACGGGCUUUUUUUCCUGACUUCGUUGUUGUCGUGUGAGCAUCUACCUAGUUAUUAAAAUGCCUGAGCCGGCUAAAUCUGCUCCUGCUCCAAAGAAAGGCUCUAAGAAGGCCGUGACCAAGACCCAGAAAAAGGGAGAUAAGAAACGUAGAAAGACUAGGAAGGAAAGUUAUUCAAUCUAUGUGUACAAAGUGCUGAAGCAAGUUCACCCGGACACUGGCAUCUCUUCUAAGGCCAUGGGCAUCAUGAAUUCUUUCGUGAACGAUAUUUUCGAACGAAUCGCUGGCGAAGCGUCUCGUUUGGCCCAUUACAACAAACGCUCGACUAUAACUUCGCGGGAGAUCCAGACUGCGGUGCGCCUUCUGCUGCCAGGGGAGCUGGCCAAACACGCUGUGUCUGAGGGUACAAAGGCUGUUACCAAGUACACCAGCUCUAAGUAAAGAUCUACUGAAAAUGCUAACAUCUCUAUCCCAAAGGCUCUUUUCAGAGCCGCCCACCUAUUCCGUAAAAGAGCUUUUGCACUAAUGCAUGUGUUGAAUUGUUACCGACUUUAUUCUGCGUUUUUAAUUCGUCCUUUGUUACAGAUUAUAAAUGUUCUUUAUUACUUCUGUUUUGCAGUGGUUAUCUGUCAUUUUUCCUUACAUGACUUUCCCCAGAUGCAAUGUAAUGUAAUGGAUGUAAAACCGUAUUUAAAAAUUUACACAUUCUUCACUCAAAACGUUUAAUGAACUAUUGUGUCCUACUUAAAAUACCUCUUCUAGCGACUACGGUUUGCAUUAACAAAACAAAGUACGCCAUCUAAUACAGAACUUCUGAGAAGCGUCUUGGUUUUAGGUUACAUUUGUUUUGGAAAUAAAAAUCCGAGGACACUGUU